AUGUUUGGCUCAACUUACACGCUCUACUCUUCCGACAUCAUCCCCCAUACAGCCAUGCUGUUGGGUAGGGCAACAUCCACAGCCACCAAUGGCGCAGGGCUCUCAGGCGCAGAGAAGGUCACGCUGUAUGUCAUCGCAGCGAUAGCAGCUAUUCUUAUCAUCGUGGGCAUCACGGUCGCCAUCCUCCGGACUCGUUGCCAUGAUGGACCAUGGGCUGCUCAUUCCUCGGGACAGCCGCGACAACGCAGUGUGACCAAAGGACUGCUCAAAACUAUUCCACUUGUGCAAUAUGACGAUUCGAAGGAUGGAUUACGGCAUAUGUCAAACGAAUCCCCUGAUGAAUCUACGCAGGGUUCUCAACCGGACAGGGAGAAGACUACCGCCAGUGCGGAAUCGGCGAUGUCUAUGUGUGCUAUUUGUACGGAUGAGUAUGUCAAGAAUCAACUCCUGCGAGUCUUGCCUUGUGGGCACUUGUUUCAUCAGAGCUGCGUGGAUGAAUGGCUGGUCAGAAGGUCGCGAACAUGUCCUACAUGUCGUUAUGAACUCACGCCACCUGGGAAAAUUCAGCCCAGUGAGAAAGCUAAAAUUGCGGACGAUAUUGAAGUUGGAUUGCCAAAUGUGGAGGGUCAGCAACCCCAUAGUCGAUUGAGUCGAUAUAUGCGCACUCCUCGCUCUACAUUACGGAGAGGCAGUGGCACUACUGGAUCGCUAUGA